CAUGUGAUUUGACUGCGUGGGUGGGUGCGAGUGUGCCUGGUUGUUUCCUGUAUAUUUUGCGCUCUGAACAGCUCCAUCCCGCCAGCCGCAUGUUGGGUGCUCUGAAUGCCUCUCUGUGGGGUAUUCUUCCUGCAGACCCCCUGUGUGCUGUGGGGUACUGCAGGGUUCAUCCUGAAGCGCUGGGUUCUGGUGCGAGACCCAGAGGGCCGGCUUCCUCCCCUCUGGUCAGGGGCUGUGUCCGGAGGGUUGCCAGGCCUGCCCCCUCCCGUUGGGGUCCUGCUUCUGCCACAGUCAGGGCCCACGGCAGGGUUCCCGUCUCCCUCCUCAAGCUGGAACUCCAGCCUGCUGCGGUCCCUGUGGUUCCUAGCUCUACAGUGUCUUCCCCCAUGAUCACUGGACAGAGGGCCCCACCUCCCCUGGUUUUGGGGUUUUCUUGUCACAGGGAGUCGCUGUCUCAGAGUGGUGGCCGAGGGAGCUGCAGGUCUGGCUGAGAGUGUUUUUGGCUGUGGUUUGCGCGUCCUGAGGCUGCGCAGGUCGGAGGGCGCUGUGUGGGGGUCUGGCCGAGUUCCUCUUCCCACGAUUCACAGCCAAGCACUUCUCACAGGUUCCGGGCUUUACUGGGGCAGAGAACGUUCCCGGGAGCUGAUGAGUCACGGGUGUGAGGGCUGGGAACACUCUGAUUUACUGGGUGUCACCUGUCCUGGCCUGCUCUCCUUGGCAGUGUAACAUUAUUUUGGGGGCCAUGUAAGUGUUCUAAAAAUGAGUGCCCUGCAGAAGUUGGCAGGCUGAGCUCGCCUCUAGUUGCUGUGAGCCGGGCCCUCUGCCCCGUUGCCUGUUCCACCUCGUUCCCUGUCAUUCAGCUGGGGGAGCUGUUCUUAUCAGGCAGUGCGCCCUGAGUUACGCCCCCGUCCCCUCCUUCCUUGUGCUGCCUCCUGUCCAGAGCUACCUUGUGGUGCGUGCUGCUGUGCGGACCAAGGGCUGGGGCCAGGGCUUUGUCUGCAGACUUUGCCCGAAGGCCUAGCGGUGACCUUCCCUCACACGGUGGGUGGGGAGGACCCCUGACUGAGAGUGCACGUCUAGGAAAAGGAGUCUUGGCCCCGAGGCCUUUCUAGCACAGGUGUGUUCCUGGAGGGCCCAGGGGACAGGCGGAGCAGGCCACAGAGCUUGGGUGUCCGUCCCAGGGCCCAUGGCUAGAGCAGCAAGGUUGCCUCAUAUAGCCCUGGUGUGUGGGGCGGGAGCCUCUGUGUGGAAGAGCCCGGCGCUGGCUUCCAGCUCUGUUGGGGUUCUUUUAUUUAUUUUUGCUUUUUAUUUUGAGACGGGGUAUUGCUCUGUUCCAGUGGCCGUUCACAGGUUCGAUCGCACUACUGAUUGGCUCAGGAGUUUUGACCUGCUCCAUUUCCAACCUGGAUUGGGUCGGGUCACCCCUCCUUAGGCAACCUGGUGGUCCCCGGCUCCCGGGAGGUCACCACAUUGAUGCCAAACUCAGUGUGGACACCCGAUCGGCAUCGCACGGCAGCCCAGAGCUCCUGGGCUGAAGCAAACCUCCAGCCUCAAGCGGAGCUGGGACUACAGGCACAUGCCCCCCCGGCCGGCCCGGCCUUUCCUUUUUCGAGGUGCAGUUUCGCCCUUGUUGCUGAGGCUGCAGUGCAGUGGCACAGUCUUGGCUCACUCACACUUCUACCUCCCAGGUUUAAGCGAUCCUCCUGCCUCAUCCUCCCGAGUAGCUGGGGUUGCAGGCUUGUGCCACCACACUUGGCUACUUUUGUAUUCUUAGUAGAGAUGGGGUUUCUCCAUGUUGGUCAGGCUGGUCUCCAACUCCUGACCUCAGGAUCCACCCACCUUAGCCUCCCAAAGAGCAGGGAUUACAGGUGUGAGCCACCAUGCCCGGCUUGUGUUGGAGUUCCUUAGCCACCUGUCAGCAAGGGGCCGCCUUUUCACUUUGCCUGGGCCCUUGACUUCCACUGCUCCCUCCUCACCCUCUCCUGCUCUGCUCUCCUCUCUGCCUUGCCCCGACUCCUGCCUCCUUCCUUUUCUUUUUAUAUCUUUUGAGACAGUGUCACUCUGCCGCCCAGAUUGGAGGGGAAGUGGUGCAGUCUGGCCUCACUGUAAGCACUGCUUCCUGGGUUCAGGAGAUUCUCCCGUCUCACCCACCACGUAGCUCACAUCACAGGCCGGUCCCGUGGAAUCAGGCCCCAUGGAGGCUCCAUCACCUGCAGUCACGUACCGGGCCUUUGCAGAAGCAGGAUUCCCAGCCAGGCUGGAGCUCCCAGGCUGGAGCGGUUCCUGGUGGGCCUGUGGAGCGUGUCCUCAGGGGCUCGGGGACAAGCAUCACGACGCUGCUCAUGAGAUCAUCGAGACCAUCCGAUGGGUCUGUGAGGAAAUCCCGGAUCUCAAGCUCGCUAUGGAGAAUUACGUUUUAAUCGACUAUGACACCAAAAGCUUUGAGAGCAUGCAGAGGCUCUGUGACAAGUACAACCGUGCCAUCGACAGCAUCCACCAGCUGUGGAAGGGUACCACGCAGCCCAUGAAGCUGAACACGCGGCCAUCCACUGGGCUCCUGCGCCACAUCCUGCAGCAGGUCUACAACCACUCGGUGACCGACCCUGAGAAGCUCAACAACUACGAGCCCUUCUCCCCCGAGGUGUACGGGGAGACCUCCUUUGACCUGGUGGCCCAGAUGAUCGACGAGAUCAAGAUGACCGACGACGACCUGUUUGUGGACCUGGGGAGCGGUGUGGGCCAGGUUGUGCUCCAGGUCGCCGCUGCCACCAACUGCAAGCAUCACUAUGGUGUCGAGAAAGCAGACAUCCCGGCCAAGUAUGCGGAGACCAUGGACCGCGAGUUCAGGAAGUGGAUGAAAUGGUAUGGAAAAAAGCAUGCAGAAUACACAUUGGAGAGAGGCGAUUUCCUCUCGGAAGAGUGGAGGGAGCGAAUUGCCAACACGAGUGUUAUAUUUGUGAAUAACUUUGCCUUUGGUCCUGAGGUGGAUCACCAGCUGAAGGAGCGCUUUGCAAACAUGAAGGAAGGUGGCAGAAUCGUGUCCUCGAAACCCUUUGCACCUCUCAACUUCAGAAUAAACAGUAGAAACUUGAGUGACAUCGGCACCAUCAUGCGUGUGGUGGAGCUGUCGCCCCUCAAGGGCUCGGUGUCGUGGACGGGGAAGCCGGUCUCCUACUACCUGCACACUAUCGACCGCACCAUACUUGAAAACUAUUUUUCUAGUCUGAAAAACCCAAAACUCAGGGAGGAACAGGAGGCAGCCCGGCGCCGCCAGCAGCGCGAGAGCAAGAGCAACGCAGCCACGCCCACCAAGGGUCCCGAAGGCAAGGCAGCUGGCCCUGCGGAAGCCCCCACGGACUCUGGUGCUGAGGAAGAGAAGGCGGGAGCAGCCACCGUGAAGAAGCCGUCUCCCUCCAAAGCCCGCAAGAAGAAACUGAACAAGAAGGGGAGGAAGAUGGCCGGCCGCAAGCGUGGGCGCCCCAAGAAGAUGAGCACUGCGAAUCCCGAGCGGAAGCCCAAGAAGAACCAAACUGCACUGGAUCUCCUGCACGCUCAGACCGUGUCUCAGACGGCGGCCUCCUCGCCCCAGGAUGCCUACAGGUCCCCUCACAGCCCAUUCUACCAGCUACCUCCGAGCGUGCAGCGGCACUCCCCCAACCCACUGCUGGUGGCGCCCACCCCGCCCGCGCUGCAGAAGCUGCUAGAGUCCUUCAGGGUCCAGUACCUGCAGUUCCUGGCGUACACGAAGACCCCCCAGUACAAGGCCAGCCUGCAGGAGCUGCUGGGCCAGGAGAAGGAGAAGAACGCCCAGCUCCUGGGCACGGCUCAGCAGCUCCUCAGCCACUGUCAGGCCCAGAAGGAGGAGAUCAGGAGGCUGUUUCAGCAGAAAUUGGAUGAGCUGGGUGUGAAGGCGCUGACCUACAACGACCUGAUUCAGGCGCAGAAGGAGAUCUCCGCCCAUAACCAGCAGCUGCGGGAGCAGUCGGACCAGCUGGAGCAGGAUAACCGCGCACUCCGCAGUCAGAGCCUGCAGCUGCUCAAGGCUCGCUGUGAGGAGCUGCAGCUGGACUGGGCCACGCUGUCCCUGGAGAAGCUGCUGAAGGAGAAGCAGGCGCUGAAGAGCCAGAUCUCAGAGAAGCAGAGGCACUGCCUGGAGCUGCAGAUCAGCAUUGUGGAGCUGGAGAAGAGCCAGCGGCAGCAGGAGCUCCUGCAGCUCAAGUCCUGCGUGCCACCGGACGACACCCUGGCCCUGCACCUGCGCGGGAAGGGUGCCCUGGGCCGCGAGCUGGAGCCCGACGCCGGUCGGCUGCAUCUGGAGCUGGACUGCGCCAAGUUCCCGCUGCCUCACUUGAGCAGCAUGAGCCCAGAGCUCUCCAUGAAUGGCCAUGCUGCCAGCUAUGAGCUCUGCAGUGCGCUGAGCCGGCCCUCGCCCAAGCAGGACACGCCCCAGUACCUGGCCUCACCCUUAGACCAGGAGGUGGUACCCUGCACCCCCAGCCACGGUGGCCGGCAGCGCGUGGAGAAGCUGUCUGGCCUGGCUGUGCCCGACUACACCAGGCUGUCCCCAGCCAAGAUCGUGCUGAGGCGGCACCUCAGCCAGGACCACACGGUGCCCGGCAGGCCGGCCGCCAGCGAGCUGCACCCGAGAGCUGAGCACACCAAGGAGAAUGGCCUUCCCUACCAGAGCCCCAGCGUGCCCAGCAGCAUGAAGCUGAGCCCCCAGGACCCGAGGCCCCCAUCCCCUGGGGCCCUGCAGCUUGCUGGAGAGAAGAGCAAUGAGAAGGGCCUGAGGGAGCGUGCCUACGGCAGCGGCGGAGAGCCCAUCACCAGCCUGCCCAUCAGCAUCCCGCUCAGCACCGUGCAGCCAAACAAGCUUCCGGUCAGCAUCCCCCUGGCCAGCGUGGUGCUGCCCAGCCGUGCCGAGAGGGCGAGAAGCACCCCCAGUCCUGUGCUGCAGCCCCGAGACCCCUCGUCCACACUUGAAAAGCAUAUUGGUGCUAAUGCCCACAGUGCUGGGAGCAGAAGCCUUGCCCUGGGCCCCGCAGGCUUCUCCUAUGGUGGCUCGGUGGCCAUCAGCGGGACCCUGGCAGGCAGCCCAGCCUCUCUCACCCCUGGAGCCGAGCCGGCCGCCUUGGAUGAGUCUUCCAGCUCUGGGAGUCUUUUUGCCACUGUGGGGUCCCGCAGCUCCACGCCACAGCAUCCCCUGCUGCUGGCACAGCCCCGGAACUCGCGCCCGGCCUCUCCUGCCCACCAGCUUUCCUCCAGCCCCCGGCUCAGUGGGGCUGCCCACGGCCCGCUCCCGGAAGCCAGCAAGGGGGACCUGCCCUCCGAUUCCGGCUUCUCAGAUCCGGAGAGCGAGGCCAAGAGGAGGAUCGUGUUCACCAUCGCCACCGGCGCGGGCGGCACCAAGCAGUCGCCUUCCAGCAAACACAGCCCCCUGACCGCCAGCACCCGCGGGGACUGUGUGCCGAGCCACGGCCAGGACAGUCGCAAACGUGGCCGGCGGAAGCGAGCGUCAACAGGGACGCCCAGUUUGACCGCAGGCGUGUCCCCCAAGCGCCGGGCCCUGCCGUCUGUCGCUGGCCUUUUCACGCAGCCUUCAGGGUCUCCUCUAAACCUCAACUCCAUGGUCAGUAACAUCAACCAGCCCCUGGAGAUUACGGCCAUCUCAUCCCCUGAGGCCUCCCUGAAGAGCUCCCCUGUGCCCUACCAGGACCACGAUCAGCCCCCCGUGCUCAAGAAAGAGCGGCCCCUGAGCCAGACCAAUGGGGCGCACUACUCCCCGCUCACCUCCGACGAGGAGCCAGGCUCUGAGGACGAGCCCAGCAGCGCCCGAAUUGAGAGAAAAAUUGCAACAAUCUCCUUAGAAAGCAAAUCUCCCCCCAAAACCUUGGAAAACGGUGGUGGCGUGGCAGGAAGGAGGCCAGCGCCCGCUGGCGAGCCCGUCAAUAGCAGCAAGUGGAAGUCCACCUUCUCGCCGAUCUCCGACAUCGGCCUGGCCAAGGCUGCGGACAGCCCCUUGCAGGCCGGCCCCACCCUGAGCCAGAGCUCCCUGUUUGCGUUCCGGCCCUCCCUGGAGGAGACCCCCGCCGAUGCCAAGCUGGCUUCCCACCCCAGGAAAGGCUUUCCCGGCUCCCUGUCAGGGACCGAUGGACUCAGCCCCAGCACCAACCCUGCGAACGGCUGCACCUUCGGUGGGGGCCUGGCCGCCGAGCUGAGUUCACACAGCUUCAGUGAUGGUGCUUCUCUCCCCCACAAGGGCCCCGAGGCGGCCGGCCUGAGCUCUCCGCUGGGCUUCCCCUCGCAGCGCACAAAGGAGGCCUCGGACGCCAACCCUUUCCUGAGCAAGAGGCAGCUAGAUGGCCUGGCUGGGCUGAAGGGCGAGGGUGGCCGCGGCAAGGAGGUCGGGGAGGGAGGCCUGCCACUGUGCGGCCCUGCGGACAAAACCCCGCUGCCCACCGGCAAGGCUGCCAAGGCCCGGGACCGCGAGCUCGACCUCAAGAACGGCCACAACCUCUUCAUCUCUGCGGCCGCCGUGCCUCCCGGAGGCCUCCUCAGCGGGCCUGGCCUGGCCCCAGCGGCGUCUUCUGCAGGCGGCGCGGGGUCCUCUGCCCAGACGCACCGGCCCUUCCUGGGCCCCUUCCCUCCGGGGCCACAGUUCGCGCUGGGCCCCAUGGCCCUGCAGGCCAACCUGGGCUCCGUGGCCGGCUCCUCCGUGCUGCAGUCGCUCUUCAGCUCUGUACCAGCCGCCGCUGGCCUGGUGCACGUGUCGUCCGCUGCCACCAGACUCACCAACUCGCACGCCAUGGGCAGCUUUUCCGGGGUGGCAGGCAGCACAGUUGGAGGUGUCUUUAACCACGCGGUGCCUUCCGCCUCUGCUCAUCCGUUUGGAGCCCGUGUCGGCCGUGGGGCUGCGUGUGGCAGUGCCACGCUGGGCCCGAGCCCGCUGCAGGCGGCGGCCAGCGCCUCGGCCUCUUCCUUUCAGGCCCCGGCCUCAGUUGAGACCCGGCCGCCCCCUCCGCCUCCGCCUCCCCCGCUGCCCCCGCCUGCGCACCUGGGCCGGCCCCCCGCAGGGCCUCCCGUCCUCCACGCUCUCCCACCUAACGCCGCCUUGCCUCCUCCCCCAACGCUGCUGGCCUCUAACCCUGAGCCCGUGCUUCUGCAGAGCCUCGCGUCCCUCCCGCCUAACCAAGCUUUCUUGCCCUCCGCCUCUGCUGCCUCUCUGCCGCCUGCUAACGCCUCUUUGUCUAUCAAGCUCACCUCCCUCCCGCACAAGGGCGCCCGCCCCUCCUUCACAGUGCACCACCAGCCCCUGCCCCGGCUGGCCCUGGCACAGGCCGCGCCCGGGAUCCCGCAGGCCAGCAGCACAGGGCCGUCUGCUGUGUGGGUGUCCCUUGGCAUGCCGCCUCCUUAUGCCACGCACCUCUCAGGGGUUAAGCCGCGAUAAAGACCUUGCUUUAGCUAGCAGUGCGUAUUGUGUAAGGUAAGGCCAGAGCCCCGCGCGGGGGCUCCCUCCAGACACUGAACUGUCCUUCCUUUGGCAGAGAAGACGGCCACAGGGCUCGGCAGAAGGGCCAGGGGUCCUGAGGAGGGACGCGAGAGGAGGGACUGCAGGAUGGGCGCCAGCCGUGGCUGGCGUGGCCUGAGCGUGUUGGCUUCUAGCUGCCCACAGCUGGGUCCCUGUGGUGAUGCCGCAGGACUGAGGCCAGCCCUGGGGGCAGCUGUGCCAGCCCCUGUGGGUGACGCUCACAGGGUACCAUGCCAGGGAUGGGUGCAGCCCCUCAGGGGACUGGGAGUGGCCUCCAGGGCUCCAUCUGUACCAGGCCCAGGUCACUUGGAACAGGUGGCAUGGUGCAGUACCAGCUGCAGAGGUCCUGGGAAGCCAGGUUGGCAGGACAGACACCUCUGGUCAGGGCUGUCGGGCUGGUCCCUCGGAUACCUCAUAGGGAGCCGGUGAGGCCCCUGGUGUCCCACCUGCCUGGGGGGCUGAUGGGUUCCCGGUGGGGCUGAGAGGCAAGCUCUGUGCCCUGUGAGAGGCAAGCUCUGUGCCCUGUGUGAUGGGGCUGCCCCCGGGACACGGCUGAUGGUGGCCGCACUGCUCUGUGGCUGUGGCCGAAAGACGAGGGCUUCCAGCCGCUCAGAUGUCAGCACUGAGGUGUACAGGCUAGUGUAGACAGUGCCCGCCUUUGCACCAGAGGAAGUGGGAGGCAGGAGUGAGUUUGUGGCCAUGAGGCCUUCAGAGAACGUCCCGUCCACUCCUAGAGGUUGUGGAAACUGGCUGCUGACCCCCCCGAGGGCAGUUGGCCACCUGUGCCCUCCAGGGACGAGGCAUGCCGGGCAGCACAGUACAAAGGUGCCCUCUGCUUGCCCCUAACCUACUGACUCUGGGGGCCCUGGGACACAGGCCUUCAUGGGCAAGUCCACAUCUCGCUGGGCAAGGAGAGGUGGACUGGGAGCCGAGGCGGAGGCAGAGGCGGGGGCGGGGCCGGGGCUAGUCAGCCUGGCCCUCCCUGCAGUGUACUGAAGUGGAAGUAGGAGCGGGCCUGGCGGGUCAGUGCGGGCACCUGUGGGCUGAACAGGCUCCUACAGCUCCCACAGCUCCCAUAGGAGAUGAGCUGCAGGUAGGGUGGCUGUAGUGGGACUUGGCUGUGCGUCUCUGGAGGAAGGCUGGAGCUUGGCUGGCGUGGCCAGGUGUCAGGCUCCCUGGGCCUGCUGUGGUUGGAGGGGCCGGCGCCCUGCCUGUCACGGUGCUGGCCCCAGGUGGCGAGUGUGCUCGUGGGAGGCCUCGGUCCCCAGCCCGGGUGAGUGUCGGGCUCCCCAGGCUUGAGGGUGACAGACUGCCCUUCCCACUGUGCCCUCCUGCAGGUAACUAGGAUUUCUACCUCAACCGCGAGACCUAUGCAAGGACGGUGUGGACCAACUGCGCCCGCGGCCCCUGCCCGCCGGCCUCCCACCCUGACGGCAGAGGCGAGGACGGGAGCUCCACUGUGAAUCGGCGGCGCACGCCACAGGAGGCUGGGACUGGUCCAGUUUGUACUGUUGAUAGUUUUAGAUAAAGUAUUUAUCAUUUUUUAAAAAGUAUAAACAAUUCUGACUUAUUUUAUUCCAUCUAAGUGGUAAAAGGCAACUUAUUGAGAAAAUAUAAAAUAUCUAUAUAUGAGAGAUCUAUAUAAAGACACGUGUCUGCAGGGCGGGCCCGCCAGCGGAGUCGCCGACAGCCUGCCCCGGUGCUAUCUCGUCCCCAGGCCUGCGCCUGCCUCCGCCCGCUUGGUGCUGACUAGACGCUGACGACGCCGAACCCCGUCCUCGGAAACGCCGCCCGGCCGGCUCCCCCGACGACGCACUGCUCCCGUACCAAAGGCAGGCCCGCCGCUGCCACAUUCCUCGGAGCCCCCCCGUGGCCUGAGCCCUUCCCGAGCCCCUGGCACCUGCCCUGAGCGCUCCACCCCGCCCCGUCACUGUGAACCCCCAGACUGUUCACCCUGCGGGGCCUGGCUGGCGCCCUUGCGUGGAGGGGCCCGCGCCGCCGUGCGCUGCGAUGGUGCUGUGAGGACGGCAGGCGCCGGACAAGUGCAUUUACUUUUGUAUUUCUCGGCUUCCGUGGCUCGCAGCGUGUCCUGCGACGCGGGCAGGCCUGUCGAGGGUCCCCUGGUGUCUGUACAGGAGAGAGUCACACUAAUGAGUGGCAGUAUUUUAUAGAGAUGUGAUAAGAAUUUAUAAAUUUCAUAGAUUUAACAGCUUUUAUUUUUAGAUGGUAUAAUGCACAGUGAGGAAAGAAAAGCGAGGGAAAAACCUUAUUUAUUCAGUGUACAAAAUGGCCGCAGGGUCAGCCCCCACCCCACACCCCUCAGUUGCACCCCCCAGUGGUCCAGACAGCUGCCCGAGCCUCUGCCUGGCCCAUGUCCCUUCCUGUCAGGGUCCUGCCUGGCCUCUCUGGCCCUAGGCCCUGGGAUGGUAUCUGCCCCCAUUCUGCAGCCUUGGGGGUGCCUGGGACUGGGCGUGGAAGGAGAGGGCGAGGCCGGGCUGUGACGGGCAGGCAGAGCCAGUCAGGUGCUUGUGGAGCCCCAAGCAGCCAGUGCCGUCUCUGCGCUCCCUGGAGGAUGGGGUCUGGGAGUCCUAGCUCCCUGCACACGGGGCCCAGGCUGUCACAUGCGUUGGGCUCACCUUCUCAAGUUGUUGCUGCUGUGAGGUGGCAUCGGGCAGCCCUUCCCCAGGUGUCACAGAACCACCCUCCAGGGAGCUGCCAGCCCUGCAUUCUGGUCCCCACCACGUUUUCCUACCACGUGGCUUCCAGAGAGGGAGCCGUGGAGCUCCUGUGGUUGCUGGGUAGGGCAGUCCUGUGGGGGAGGGCCUAGAAGACCCCUGCCUGUGUCUGGUGAGGGGGUGCUGCCUUCCUCUGGCCCCCAACAACCUGUCUCUCAGACCCCUGCCCCCCCCAACAUAGCUGAGUUGUGAAGAUGGUGCUCCAAACCUGUCCUUCCCACCCCCACGUUGGUGCUCUCAGCUUGAAGGUGCUGUGCCUCUCUGCCUGAGCCCAGCCUUCAGGACAGGCAGCCUGCUCCACGCCACCACAGGCCGGAAAUGCUACAGGGCCGAUGGCAGAGGAGGCAUGGAGUCCCCUGGUCUAGAACAAGACACUCUUCAAACACUGUAUCACUUCUGCCUCCCUCCAGGGGACAGUGGCUGCCGGGGUGCGGCUCCCGCCCACGCAGACCACGGUGUGUUUCGGACACACACUGGGCCUCGGAGCCACUGGCCCAGGCAGAAGUCUCCUUGAGCCCUCUGGGGCACGUGUGAACUAGCAUGCUGCUGCCCGCAGAUGCCCUCCUGUUCUGAGCCCUGGGCCAUGUCCUCCUCAGACACUCCCAGAUGGGGGUUGGUGGCGGUUGAUAGUGGAGGCUGGUGCUGGUGCGUGGCCUAAGUGUCCACGGGCAGCUGGCAGGGACCUGUGCUGCUGCUGCUGACCAUGGGCAGGUGGCGCCUGGGAGCGGCUCUUGCUCAGGAAUUGAUAGGAACCCUGGCGACUGGGACGCCCCCUCCCUGGCCCAUGAGGCACUCGGUGACCUAUUUAAGACUUGCCCCUUAAUUUAUCCGCCCCAGGACACGCCAGUCUGUUGUGGUCAGCAGGGCCCCCUCCCCCGUCAUCAGCGGUCAGUCCCCGCCACACGCUGCUGCUCCCUGUCAGCCCUUGUCUGUUGCCCUUGGGAGGCUCUGCUGUCUUCCUGGUGAACUGUGUUUGGAUUGCGCACAUUGUCACGGUCUGCCCCUGGGCUGUGGGCGCCCCUUCCUCUGGGCACCCCUGCGUUCUGCUACCCCACCUCUAGACGCUGUAAUAAACAGACCAUUUUCACUUGGA